AUGCAGAGUGAUGAACAUUUUGAGGUUUUUACCUCUGUCUUUUCUCCACAAGUGAAUAGAGGACGACACCCACAUAGAAAUAAAGAACCAGAAAAGGUGGUGGUGACACACAGCUACGUACCUCGCCGGCCAGAUGAAGUGAACCUGACUAAGGAGGAUGUAAUACAAAUUCAUUUUAAGGAGGGUGACUCGAGGUGGUUUGGACAGCUGCAGAAUGGACAACAGGGCUACUUUCCCGCGUCAUAUGUCAUCGAACUGAGUCAAAACACACACCAUAGUGACCGCAGUGCUAAGAACAGCCAAGGUUUAAGGAGGCACAGUUCGGUUCACGUCGGAUCUGUGGUGAUCCUCAGGGAUCAUGCGGGGGGAGGUAAGCAGCAGGCCCCCAGGGGCAAAGAAGAGGAGGAGGGAGCUUUCCUCACUCUGAAGCAGGACACCCAGGUCCCAUUCAUGGCCCACAGCUCACCCAGCCUGCUGUACAGGAUCCUAUCCAAACACCGCAAGAGGAGUCAAAGUCAGGGGGCCAUUAACGGGGCUUUCAAACCCGAGUGAAUGCCAUUAACCUACAGGACAGGCUAGUGUUAAAUCCACUGUGUGAAUCACGUAGCUGUUUUGAGAUGAUUAAACGAUCUCAUUGUGAUA